AUGCCCGUCCACUUCCACACGCCGGUGCACGUCGACAGGGGCUUCGAGCACGAACUGCGUCUGUCGCAGAAGCACGUCCUCCGGCUUGCUAUCCCCGACUCGCCUGAGCUGGGGCUUAUUAUCGUCUCACCUCUCACGGACACAUCAUCAGACCUGUCCGGGCCGUCGCUUAGCAGAACUGUCGGGACGGAUUCCCCCAAUCGCUCGCGUCGCCCGUCGAACGAGGCGGAUGAGGGCCCGCCCAGCCCGCCGCGGAAGUGCAGCCACGCUCGUAUCGCGUCGGACCUGUCGAAGAAGUUGAAGCGGUACAGCUGCAAGUGGAUCAGGGAGAAGAGUGGGAGGCGGUGGGUCGAGGAGGACUAUGGGACGGUGCUGCAGAAGUUGAGGCGGUUGAAAUGA